AUAUUUUUUUGAUGGUUGUCUCGGAAGGGGACGCAUGCAUGUUAUUUUUCAAAAAAAAAAAAUUGUAUGGAAAGUAAAUAAUGUUCAGCGAAAUGUUCUAGAUACAUAACAUAGUCAUGGAUGGUUUUUGAUGAGAAAUAUGUGUAAAUAUUGAGAGUGGAAAUUCGUAUUUUGCCCUUCAGAAGACGUUGCGGCAUCUCAACCCCGAUAAGUGCUCAAUUAGGCAUAAUGUCUACGUGCCCGAGUCUGCAGCCUUGCGAGUGAAAGUGUCCGAGGGCAUAUUCUUAAAAUGUUUAAGAAGACACUGUUGUGAUUUUAAUAGAAGUGACGUUAAGUGUUCGGAAUGGAUAGCUUAAACUACCAGCCGAGUGGAGAGGAAAUCGAGCGGGCGCUCAUGGACUUAGGGCUGCCUUUGCUCGGUGUGAACAUUAAGGAGGAGGUGUCAGAGGACCUUGCGGCCGACACGGCGGGCGGUGCAGCCCCCGCAACCAAUGCGGGGACCUCGAGCGCUGGCGCGGGCGGUGAGCCGGAGUCGGGCGCAGGCGCGGACUCGCUGGCGUCCCCGACGCGGGCUCCGCCGUCGGCCGCGCGCUGCGCUCUGUGCCAGGCGCCGCUGGCGCAGACCGACGGCACGCCCAAGCUCAUGGAGUGUCUGCACUCCGUCUGUGAACCCUGUCUGCAAGCCAAGCUGGAGGAGGCCCGACAGCCCACCAAUAGAGACUUCCUUGGUGCCGAGCGGGUGACGGUGACGUGCCCAGCUUGCCGGCUGCCGUGCCAGCCCGCCAACAUGAUCGACCAGCGCUUCGUCAUUGAAAAGCUCGCCGCUGACCAGAGCCCUAAUACUGGUGGAGUGAGCGGUGAGCAGCAAUGCAACAGCUGCGAGGACACGGAGCCGGCCACGAGCUACUGCGUGGACUGCGCGGAGUUCAUCUGUGACAACUGUGUACACGCGCAUCAGAGGCUGAAGAUAACAAAGGACCACACGAUCAAGUCUAAAGAAGAGGCGGUGACGGAGCUCCAGCUGGCUCAGAACGGGCCCCGCUCUGCCGCCGAUAUGUAUUGCCGGGAGCACACGCAGGAACGUCUAACUCUAUUCUGCGAGACAUGUGACCGGCUGACCUGCAGAGACUGCCAGCUGCAGCACCACAGGGACCACAAGUAUCAGUUCAGCACAGAGAUGGCAGCACAGGCCCGCGCCAGCAUAGCGGCGCUGCUGUCGGAGGUGAGCUACAAGCGCGUGCUGCUGGGCUCCGCCAUGAAGGUGAUCCGCGACCGCCAGCAGCUCAUCGCGGACAAGAAGAAGGCGCUCGUGCACGACAUCACGCAGACUGUGGUCAAACUGACGAACGCCAUCAACACGCGCGGCAAGCAGCUGGUGCUGCGGCUGAACGAGGUGUGCGACGGCAAGCAGCGCACGCUCAGCGAGAAGAAGGAGGCGCUGCAGCACCUCGCCGCCGUCACCGACCACACCGUCGACUUCGUGUCCGCGGCGCUCGAACACGGGUCGGACACAGCGCUGCUGCACUGCAAGAGAUCCGUCUGCCAACACUUGCAGAGGAUCAAGUCCAGGAGGGCGGAUAUACCCAACCCGGAGAUACCGGUCCGGAUCAGCUUGCAGCUGGAUAAAUUGCCGGAUCUUAUCCGUGUGCUGUCGAGCAUUGGUGCGAUCGUGGUGGACGGCAAGGUAGACGGCGCGGGGGCGGGCGGGCCCUACCAGCCGCCGGCCGCCGUCUCCGCCCCCCCGCCCGCCUCCGCCCCGCCCGCCGUACCGCCGCACUCCGCACAGGUGGCGCUGCAACACGUCGCUAUGCACCAGCAAUACGUGCAGUCGAUGUCUCCGUCGCCGGGCUACCUGUCCCCGCUGCUGCGCCACUCGCGCGCGCUGACGCCGUUGCGUCACCCGCACGUCACCUCCACCACGCAUCCCCACCACUUGCACGGUAUGAGCGAGAUGAAUCUCCGCGGUUUGCUGGGCGCGCAGGCGCAGGCGCAGGCGCAGGCAGUGGCGCAGGCGCAGGCGCAGGCGCAGCAGACGGCCGCGCGGCCGCGGCUGACGCACAACAACAACAUGCACGCCGCGUACCAGCACAUGAUGGGGGCGUACCCGUCGUCGAUGUCGGGCUCUCAGCCGCGGCGCGCGCAUCCGCGGACACCCUCGCCCGCGCCCGCGCCCGCGUCCGCGCCUUCGCCCGCGCACCACAUGUUCCACCAGCCCGCCAAGUGGCAUAUACCGCAGCAGAAUACCGUUAACGGCGGUAUGGAAAGCGGCGUGAGCGGAGUCCCGGGCGCGGGCGGCGGCGCCGACUUCAAGAUCACGCUCCGACAGCCGCGACAGCCGCCCGCGCCCUCCGUCGUCACCUCCACCAACCCCAAGACCCCCAGCCCCAGCAUCAAUGGCGGCGCCAUGGAGCUGGACAAGGUGUGCGCAGAGUCGGUGCAGGACCUGAUGGCGACCAUCGCCAAGCUGGACUCCAACGGUGUGCAGGUGGUGGCUGAGGCGGCCUCGCCUGCGCCGCCCGUGCACUCGUCCACCGACCCGCCGCGGCGUCGCGCGCCGCAGGCUGAUCCCAACGAGGACUGGUGCGCCGUGUGUAUGGACGGCGGCGAGCUGAUGUGCUGCGACAAGUGCCCGAAGGUGUUCCACCAGUACUGCCACAUCCCCACCAUCGAGAAGCUUCCCGACGAGUCGGAGACGUGGCAGUGCCUGCUGUGCGUGAACUUCGCGGAGCUGGCGGCCGCGGGCGGCGACGCGGAGGCGCCGUGGGCGCGGCAGCUGAAGCUGGCGGAGCGGCUCACGCUGGAGCUGUACUGCCAGUACGAGCUCAGCCUCGUGUUCCGCGAGCCCGUGCCCGCCGACAACCUGCACUACCACUCCAAGAUCUCCCGUCCGAUGUGCCUGGACAUGAUCCGCAUGAAGCUGCAGCCGCAGGCGCCGCAGCGCUACACCAACCUGGCGCAGUUCGUGGCCGACUGCCGCCUGCUGUUCAGCAACGCCUACCAGUACAACCCGCCGGACUCCUCCAUCUACAAAGAUGCCAAACGUCUAGAGGAGUUCUUCGACGCUCAGCUUCUGAAGCUGCUGCCGGAGUACGCGUACUGGAACGGCGAGGGUGAGCCGCCCAACAAGCGGCCCCGCCAUUGACCGCCGCCCCUCUCCCACUCCCACUCCCACUCCCACUGCUGGGGAUGGUGGCCGGCUGGCGACGAGGUGUAGUGUUGUGAUAGUUCAGUGCAUUCGCAAUCACAAACAUCAGUAACCGACCAAAACUAUUCCAUUUAAAUAUGAUAAAAUUCUGCAAGACAAUGUGACCAACAAACAUUCAAUUUGAAUGUGACAUCCACUAGCACACCAUCAACUUAUACCAACAUUGCUAGAGACAAGAUGUAGUGAAGUAAGAGUAACAAUACAGUAUGUUGGCCAUUCAUAAUGAUCAACUUAAUAAAAGAUGAGCUGACCAAUACUAUUAUAGAAAUUAAAUACCAAUCGAACAAAAUAUGUGAAGUGUUGAUAAACUAAGCUGCCAAAAUUUUAAAUAACUUAAUUAAUAAUUUGAGUAAUUUUCUAUCCAAUUGUGUGGUUCGAGACCGGAACAAACUCAUUGAAUAUGUUGUCACUGCACCUUCAGUCAACAGUUUUAAGAACAGAUUGGAUAAAAUCUCCAAACUCCAAGACACGCAAGCGUCAGCUUAAUGAGCUGCUAGUGUGUUAUAAAAUAAAAUAAAUAAAUAGACGGGCAAGUCACACCUGCAUAUCUAUAGUACGUCCACAAUUGAUACAUCAUAUUGUCUACAGAGAGAAGAUACAAGUUUUAUCUGUACUACUGGUGAUGAUAGAUUGUCACCACUGUGAGAAAAUGGUGAUUUAUGGGACUCAGUGUAAUAACAGAUUAAAAUCAGUGCAUCAUAAGUGAAUAUUCGAAACUAUACAAUACUUUUACUGAACUGAAUACAGUUUGAAGUUGACAAUUGUGGAACUUUAAGAUAUAGAAUAGAAAGUCAGUGUUAACAUUAGCUCAUACACAAUCUGCACUUACCUAUUACUGAUGAUGAAAACAUUGCAUAUGAAGAGUGGGUUGCUUUUGGUCUGUGAAAGAUAAAUGAAGUUCAUCUUGAGAAUAUUUAAAUAUCCUAUUAGCAUAGACGUCCUAUGUCAGAACUAUUCAAAAUAAAAACAAUGAUGUAUGACUCUCAUACUCGUCUUGAAUAAUAAUUCAUAAGUAUUAUGAGUUGAUGUUAAUUUAAAGAAACUUUUUACUUAUUGGUAGCUAAGAAAUUAUUAUUAUGUAUAGUGAUUGUUAAGUGAUCUGCUAAAGGCAGUAGUGACUUAGUGGCGGUAACCAGAUGUUGAAGUAAUGGCCUAUACAGCUAUUUAGACUGGACUCUCGAGGCAAAUAUAUUAAGUUUUAAUUAGAAUUAUUAAUACUACAUUACAUAAAAUGUAUUCAGAAUGUACUUUUAUAGUGCCCCCACAUAUUGGCUACUAAAAAGCUAUGGUGGUAAGUGUUGACCCAAAGUAUUUUCAAACUCGAUUUAGAAAAGAUGCCUAGUAUUUUCAUAUUGUUAUAGACAGAUUAUUUAUCUAAUGUUCUGUAAAAUUUUGCAUUUGUAAAAUGUUAUAAUUUCUUUUUUGUUUUAUUAAAAGCUUAGAGAGACCUAUGUAUAUAAUGUCUUUCUAGUUUUUCACAAACUAAAAAUUGUAUAAUGAUAUUCUACUAAAUUGACAAUUUAACUAUACAGACUAUAGGUGACAGGCAAAUAGUCGCAGCAUGUACAGUAGUAAGCCAAUAUUAAAAGCUUAUGUUUAGUUGACACAACACAAUACGAAAAUGACAAUAUUUUCGAAUAUUUUUCUGAAACGGCGUGCUUUUUCGCGUAGUAUCAAAUCAAUAAUUACACUGAAUUUAGACGUGUAGCCACAAUAAAAGCUUCAACUUAAAUUGAGCUUUAUAUCUUAGCGUUUAGGGUCUAAAGGUCUAUUAGGGUCUUGGCACCCUGUGACAUAGGAUACGUAAGUUGCAACUUCACAGUAAAGCCUCACUGUGUUAAGACGCCACUUCUUAGGUUGCUUGUUUACUGUGAUAAAACAAUAUUGUUGGCUUUAUACUACUAAUUUCUCUUAUUUCUUUAACCACAGAGUAGAUAUAUAACAGAGAACAAACUUGUUGAUUUAAUUUCUCAAAUAUCAUUAUUUUUUAUUAAUGUUUGUAUCACACAUCACAUUUUAUGACAUAAUUAUUAACAUAAUGCAGUGUGAUUCAUUGUGUGAAGCUUCAUCUGUGUAGAUAUCUACUCUAUAUUUUACACCAUUCACAAUUAACUAUUUAUUUUAUUUUAUAUCUUGGUAUUCUUAGUUGUCCAUACAUUUUGUAUUGGUAGAGUAAGUUGUAGCUGAUUUCGCACAAAGUAUUUUUAUUUUAUUUGUAGGAAUAAGUAGAUAUUUUUAUUUGGUAUGUGAUUACUGUAUUGUUUCCAUGGGUGUGACGGCGUGCCACUCGUAUAUUUCAAAGAGUUUAAAGAUCUUUCGAAACCAGGUAUGUAAUUUAAACUAACUUCUCGAUAAAUAUAUUUUUAACAAUUUGGGCCCUGAAAUGAAGGUAAUAGGCAUAAGACAGUGGUCUUUGUCUGUUUCAUGCCACUUGGCACUUCCAUGUUUGUGAUUCAGAUAAGCCUCUUCGAUUGCUUAUUUUGAAAAGAUAUUUUAUAUUUUUACUCACUAUAAGACAAAACUUAUUGUUGUUAAAAUUUUGAUUAGUCUUUUAAAAUGAAUUUCCUUACAUCCUGUUUUACAAAUUAUUAAUUUAUGUGUACUUUCUCAAAACACGCGCCGCCGCGCACACUCAUAUUGAUUUGAUCCUCUGUUAUCUCUACUCCUAAUAGAAUAUAACAAAGCCUUUACGUUGUGUAUGUUUAUGUAUUUAAAAUCUUACAAAAUAUUUUUUUCCCUGGGCCAACCAGAAGUUGGUCACUUAAAUUAUGUAUUUUAAGAAAAGUUUUCGUUGCCGAACCAAUUUGAUUAGCAAAAAAUGGAUAGGUAAAUGACCGCACGACAUAGGGGGGUAAACUUCACGAAGGUGAAGUCCCUAGCUGACUUCACCCGAAGGAGCGUGGAGCGUUUUACAUUUUACCGAGAAGUUCCCACUGCUCGGCUAGAUGCUUAGUUUCAUUUAAUAAUGGCAACCAAAUUGUAUUUAAACUAGCUAUGCAUACAUGUAUGAUUACGUCAUAUAUGUUGCAAAAUUAGGAAGCGAAACCUCGGAGCAUAGCUAGGCGUUAUAUUUUGAUUUACAUUUGAUUAUAUUCUAUGAUGGUUUGUAUUGAAUUAAUUAAAACUCUUAUAGAUAUUGUUAAUGUUGAUCGUCGUACUAAGCUAUUAUUAUAAGCAAACCUACUGUUAAGAUAAUCUCCACAUAUUAUAUUAGAAAUAAAUUUCAUUUAUUGGC